AUGGAGUCACCACAGGAAAGAACAUUUCAGUACCAGGACAACCUUCCACCUUUGCCUGUUCCACCACUGGAUCAGACGCUGGACAAAUACUUGCAGUCAGUAAAACCCCUUGUAAAAGAUGAAGAUUACAAAAAGACAGAAAAAUUGGUAAAAGAAUUUGGUGAUGGGUCUGGACGACAACUACAACAACAGUUACUAGAAAAAGCCAAGCAUAGCAGAAACUGGCUUGAGGAAUGGUGGCUUGAUACAGCAUAUCUUAUACCCAGAGAUUCAAUAGCAGUCAGUGUUAACUACAGUGGUCCAUUUCCUCUGUGUUAUGACUUAUGGCCUGCAAAAUAUGGAACACAGAUGGAAAGAAGUUCAAUGUUAAUAUAUGCCUACGGAUAUCAGUGGAAUUUACUUAGAAAUGAAGUAUUUCCUGUAGUCAAAGCAAAAGCUAUGGGAAAUAAACCAAUGUGUAUGAACCAAAACUACACAGUAUUUAAUGUGUGUCAAGUGCCUGGAAUCCACAAGGAUCAUCUAGUUUCUGCAUUUAGAACAAAAUCAGAAGGUUCAUGUCCAGGAUACGUGGCAGUAUUUAUAAAUGGUCAUGUGUUUCGCCUUGAUAUUAUUGAUGAAGAUGAUGAACCUAUCACUCAACCGGAACUGUAUAAGCAGCUGUUAUCCAUAAAGUCUACUUGUGACAGUUUACCACCAGGUCCUGGUAUUGGAGCAUUAACAGCUUGGGAUAGAACAUCUUGGGCCAAGGCAAGACAACAUUUAAUUGAUAUCGAUGCUGACAACUUAAAAACCUUUAAUAUGAUAGAGACAAGUAUUAUGUGCAUUAGUUUGGAUACACAAAAUACACCUACCUCAGGAGAACAG